AUGAUUAAAAUCAUGUAUGUUUCCUUUCUUUGUAGAUGGACCACUCCAAACCGGCCUUUGAAACAAGUCAAGCAGUUCAAGUACGAGAAGUUCACCACAACGGACGCAGGAGCUGUGCGAGAGAAGUUGAGAACGCAUUCGGAACGUUAUCGUGAAGCUGUGCCAGCUACACACCUUAUUACAAAUGAAAUGGCAGGUAUCGAAAAUGACGAAGAAAUGCUGAAGUUUGUUUUGAACCAGUGGAGAAAUGUGCGUCAAAUAAAGAGGGUGAUUGUGUGGAGAGCGACAACGGUGAGGGCGAGUCCACAUCACAACAAUCUCAACACAAUGAUAUGGCUCUUGAUGCAGCAGCUUGACUGGAGUUUGAUAUUAGCUCAAGUGAAAACGAAGAAGAAUGUCUCGCAGCUACAUCAGAUCUACCCGCCGAAAUUCCAAGUAAAGGCAAUCCGUCCGUAA